AUGCCUCCAGGCCGUCCGCCGAAACGGCCUGGUGACGUUACCGAUCUCGACCCUUCCGAUGGCGCCGCCAAAUGCAAGCUGCCUCGUUUGGACCGCGACCGUGCCGCUCCUAGCGAUUUCUCGAGCGUCGUAAAGAGCAAGCUUCAAUCCUACACGAGAACUGGACAAGCAUGCGACCGGUGUAAGGUUCGCAAAAUCCGCUGCGAUGCCCUACCAGAAGGCUGCUCGCAUUGUAUUAAUCAAAAUCUCGAAUGUUACGUGACGGAUCGAGUUACGGGUCGAACGGAGCGAAGAGGAUAUAUGCAACAGCUAGAGCGUGAGAAGACGGACAUGUUAAAUCAUAUUCGAGAAUUGGAAAAGUUGCUUUAUCAAAAUGGCGUUGAAAUUAAACCCACUCGAUCAUUUUCGGAGGCCAACAAUUCUAUCGAUGCGGGCGUUGAUAAUAUGAGCGGUCAAAUGCAGGAUUCUAUGGGAAAGACUCAAUGGACUCAACCCGGAUCGACUACUGCUUGGAUGAAGGACCGAAAUCGACUCUCGAAUACACCCUACGCAAGUACAUUACGUUUCGCCGUCGACCCAAGACCGACAGAUGCUCAUAUAGGAGUUGGCGCGGACCAGGCUCCUCUAAGCUCUAUCAAAGGCAUGACUCUAUCUAUUCUCGGGAGUACCAUAGAUAUCGGGUCGUUCGAUGCACCUGACAUGGACGAGCUUUCCCCUGACGCCCCGGCUCGCACUCCAGUCUAUAAUAAAUCUGCUCAGGCUAUGUUGCAGUCUGUUACGAAUAUCAACCCUCCGCUUCAUGUCGACUAUCCUCCUCGAGAUGAUGCUUUUACCUAUGCCGAAUGGUAUUUCCUUAUGAUUUACCCCUUCCAUCCAAUCCUGCAUAAACCUACUUUCAUGACACUCUUAUCACGCCUUUAUGACGAACCCAAUUUUAAACCUACCGUAGCCGAAACCACUAUGAUUCAUCUAGUAUUUGCCUCGAUAUACCUCCAAUACGGAAUCAGGAACAGGGAACAACCAGAACAAAGAGCUCGCUUGAACGACCUAUCUAAUAAACAUUAUCACUAUGCCUUGAGCAAGUUCUUCGACCUCUCUACAUCCAAAACGCUCUAUGACGUCCAAGCGUUAGCCAUGCUCUGCGUACACACGAUGCGGUUUCCCAAAUCUAAUACUAGUAAUAUGCUGAGCAACUACACCCUGGCAAUGGCUGUCGAAUUAAACUUGCACCGCGCCUGGAAGGGUCCGGGCGAGGAAACUAACCUCGAAAAUGAGCUCAGAAAGCGGGUAUGGUGGGCUAUUGUUUCGACAGCUGUUACGCUGAACGGUCGAAUGGGACGGCCGAUGCCUAUUCGGCUAGAAGAUAUCGAUACCGAAUUUCCGCAGACGAUAGCGGAUGAGCUUCUGACUGAAGAUGGGGUCGAUACGACGAGAACAGCUACGUGCCGCUACGAGAUUGGUAUCGCCGCCUUCAGAAUAUCAGCACUGUUUCUUGAGAUGUACGCGAAUAUAUACUGCGCAAGGAAAGACCCAAAUCGGUACGUUCCGGUAAUUGAGGCGCUCGAGGAGCAACUCGAAGCUUGGAGGGAAAACCUGCCUCCUGGGUUGAAGUAUCGAGGCAUGGGACAAUCCGAACAUGACCAAUCUAUGUUUGCUCUAUACGCUGAAUAUAUGGCCUUGGAAUUUAGGAUCACAUUAAGACACCCGGCCGCUUGUAUAACCAACGAUCCAAAAAUAAUAGCUGAAAAUACAAAGAUAUGCGAAGAGACGGCAAAAGAUUUACUUGGAAUCCUACAUAUACUGUACAAAUUAAAAUCUCUGGACACUACGUGGUAUUGUCUUGCUAUAUAUGUCACAGCAAUAUUUUCGACCUUGGUUGCGCACUGGGAGAGGCGGCAUGAGACCAACGCGGCUGAGAUUCAAGCCCUCCGCGAAGAUAUGAAGCUAUGGUUAACUCUCCUCGCCGAAAUUGGCAAUAUGAUGGACUGCGGCAUGGGCCUUCGUGAUGCAGUAUCCUCCAUCAUAGACCGCACCGUCACUUGGAUAGAGCAUGCCCAAGUUCAAAAGACCAACGACCCUCCUCAACAACCACCUCUAUCACAAGACCUAAUUAAACAGUCCCCUCACUCGCCAGCCUACGUUAAUCUACCCACAGCACCAAAUUCUAAUCCCGGCCAUAAUGAGACGGAACCUCUGAAUGGCUCAGCAAGCCACGUCAUCCCACCACAGCGCAGUAAUUACUACACAGAGUCUGGUUCCGAGCCAGGAACAUAUCCCUCGCUUUCAUACGCUGAUUCGACUACCCAUCCAACCAAUGCUAUCGCCUACGAUCCAAAUAACCCUUUCCUAUAUGCGCAAACAGCCGGACAGGUUGCCGCACAAGCUCAGGCUCAAGCUCAAGUCCAAGCGGCGGAUCAUAAUCCACUAACAACAUUUGCUACACAGACGACGCAGAUGACGCAACCAGCACACAUAAUGUGGCGGCAGCAGGCUUCUGGAGGAAACACCUGGCAAGACUGGACAGCCGCUAUCGUGGAGAAUCAGGAAAGAUAUAGCGCUACCGCUUUGAUGUCCCUAGGUAGUUCCGAUCCGAGACCCGGCGCACACGUCGACGGCACCGGAGCCAACGGGUUGGGUAUGGCGGUACCUAUGAACGGAACCCCUACGACCACCACCACAGCCACCAUGCAAUGGCCGUUGCUUCUAUUUUCGGACGGGGUUGGCGGUACUUAA